GAUUUUCGUAUAUUUAAGAGAGCUAUAUUUAAAACAUAAGCAGAGAUCAUGUAUUAAGCAGAACAGGUAUAAGUGAGAGUGGUUGUAUUGUCAGUGGAAGAAUAAUAAAACAGUUGUUAUCAACUUACUGAUUCCUCAUCUUGUCCGAACCCAUAUGUGUGCUCGUGCUCAAGUGUCAUAAACAAGACUUUACCUUUUCUCUUGUAUUACUUAAAUCAUCAAACUGAAACACAACACAAAACUCAAGACCAUGCCAUUACUCUUGUCUGCCGAAUCCGAUGGCGCGCUGCGAGAACAUCUACUGGACGUGGAAGCUUUGUCCGGUCAAGAACCAAAGAUACGUGUAAGAAACCUGACCCGAGUCUCCGAUGACGGAUCUCUGAUUCUGAAAGGAGUGUCAAUGGAUAUCCCCAAAGGGAUGAUCGUUGGUGUGAUCGGUCCAAGUGGAAGCGGAAAGUCAACGUUUUUGAGAUCUCUUAACCGUCUCUGGGAGCCUCCGGCGACGACUGUUUUCUUGGACGGCGUAGACAUCACGAGCAUCGACGUCAUCACUCUCCGCCGUAGAGUCGGCAUGCUUUUCCAGCUUCCCGUUCUCUUUGAAGGGACCGUUGCUGAUAAUGUGAGAUAUGGUCCGAACUUGAGAGGGGAGAAGCUAAGUGACCAAGAUGUUUACAAGCUGCUGAGUUUUGCUGAUCUUGAUGCUUCUUUAGCCAAGAAGACUGGUUCCGAGUUAUCCGUUGGUCAAGCGCAACGUGUAGCGCUUGCAAGGACUCUAGCCAACGAGCCUGAGGUGUUGCUUCUCGAUGAGCCAACAAGCGCUUUGGAUCCCAUAUCGACAGAGAACAUCGAGGAUGUUAUAGUGAAACUAAAGAAGCAGAGAGGGAUUACGACUGUGAUCGUCUCUCACAGUAUCAAGCAGAUCCAGCGAGUUGCGGAUAUCGUCUGUCUUGUUGUUGAUGGUGAGAUUGUUGAAGUUCUUAAACCUGAUGAGCUUUCUCAAGCUACACAUCCAAUGGCUAGGAGGUUUCUUCAACUCAGUUCUUGAAAAAUGACAAAAUGAUGUCUGAAUGUAACAACAAAAUACAUUUUAAAGGUUUUAUGUUAUGUUUAUGUUGUGCAAUAAAAGAAAGACCAAUGAAUAUGUAAGCAUGUAUAUGCACAGCAAAUGUAUCAAAGAAUUGGAGUUUAAGACAAUCUUUAGAAACU